AUGGAUUUAGACCUCAGAACCUCAUUUCUGUCUGAACCAUGCAGGGAUGACUGUGGGUCAGAACACAUGGACUUUAUACCCAGCCAGAGAGCUGCUCUCCAAAAGGCAGAGGGGCACCCUGGGUUCCAGAACACUCAGCUCAGCUCAUUUCAAAACAGCAAUAACUCGUGCGCGAGGCAGGAACUGCAAAGAAUUUAUAACGCAUUUCACUCAUGGCUGCAGCCAGAACAACACAGCAAGGAUGAAAUUAUUUUUCAAGUGGUCCUGGAACAGUUUAUGGUCAACAGGCACUACAGUGGCAGAUCCAUGUUGAAGGAGAAAUGGGAAGCAAGUGGCAGAAACCUGGAGACAUUCAUGGAAGGCCUGAGUGAUGACUGCAUAGAGCCCCCUGGCCUGGUCCACGUCCACAUGCAGGGACAAGAAGCCCUCUUUUCUGAGAAUAUGCCCUUAAGAGAAGUCAUUGUUCAUUUAACAAAACAGUUGUCAGCAGGAACCUCAACAGUGACAAAUGUGGGGACACACUCCUGGACUCCCCAAGAUGCUUCUCUGCAAACAGGACAAGGAGAUGAGGAUAAAGAAAAUGGUGGCAACAUUUCUUUGAAAACUACUGAAGUAAAUGACAAUAUUACUGGUCAAGGUCAUCAGACACCUUCCCUAAUCAUUAUCCAGGGAGAGACCUUUCCUGCUCCUGAAGGGGGAGAUGUUUCUUUGGAGAAUCCACUCAGCUCCAGAAGAGCAAGUCUAGGCACCUCCAGGUCCCAGGACGGGUCCCAGAAAGGACCCUCUUAUCAAGAUGUCCUCAAGAAGGCGGGACCAGCGUUUCCCUCCAGGCUGCACCAAGUCGCCCCUGAGCCCAUACCUACCCACCAGAGCAAUGCUGGAAGCGCCACUUGUGGGGGACACCAAGGAAGAUUCCGCAGAGCCCAAAGAUCAUACCAAUGUGACAAGUGUCCUAAGAUCUUUAGGUAUUUCUCUCGGUUAAAAGUCCAUCAGAGAAGACACAAUAAUGAGAGGACUUUUAUUUGUGCCGUGUGUGACAAAGGCUUUGUCCAGGCCUCAGACCUACACGUGCAUCAGAAGAUUCAUGUGGGAGAGAAGCCUUUCAGGUGCAGCAUAUGUGCCAAGUCCUUCAGCCACAGAACCAACCUUCAGGCUCAUGAGAGAAUCCACACGGGAGAGAAGCCCUAUGUGUGUUCCGUGUGCCAGAGAUGCUUCCGCCAGUCAUCCACCUACCACCGCCACCUGAGGACGCACCAGAGAACUGUCUUCAGAUGUGUUUCCUCCACGCCCGAAGCUUCCUCUGGGUAA